AUGUUUUCAAGGACAAUAUUCUCCUCUACACUCCGAAGGCCUCUAUUCCGCCCCCAGUUCGCGAGCCAGUUCGCGAACCAGCUCCCAUGUAUUCUUCAAGCCCGCCUAAUUUCGACCGAAACGAAAGCAGCGAUCGAUAAAGCAGUUGCAUCGGCCCCUGUGGUUCUCUUCAUGAAGGGCACCCCGGAGACUCCGCAGUGCGGAUUCUCCCGGGCAAGCAUCCAGAUUCUAGGCCUACAGGGUGUUGAUCCAAAGAAGUUCGUUGCGUUUAAUGUGCUGGAAGAUGUGGAGCUACGUCAGGGAAUCAAGGAAUACUCGGACUGGCCCACGAUUCCACAGUUAUAUCUGGAGAAGGAGUUUGUUGGUGGCUGUGAUAUUCUAAUGUCAAUGCAUCAAAAUGGCGAGCUUUCCAAGCUCUUGGAAGAGAAGGGUGUUCUGGUGGCUGAAUAG